AUGAAACUCGUUUGCGCUGCGACGGUGGCGCUCAUGCUGGCGACGUCCGCGACCGCUGCGUCUUGCACGACAGACCAAGAGAAGACGAUCAAGAAUUUCAUGGCGGCCUACGUCUCGACCCCGUGCACUGCGAAUAGCAUGUGGAUGAGCGUAAUGUCGUUCGAAAACGCACUCCGAUCCGAGGAGUACCUCAUGUGUCAGCCGCCGUGCAAGGACGACCUGCAGAACCUCACGAGCAGCAUUCCAAACUGCGUUGAUACCGCCGGAACACACGCCAAGAUCGACCAACUAAAGCAGCUCUGCAUCAAGAUGACGCGCCCAACGACCAACGGCGGUGAGUGCACAUCGGCCGACUCGAUCUUGUUCGACGGGCUGAAGUUCAACGAACGGGUGUGGCUCAACUGCUCCAGUGUCAAGAACAAAAACUUGUACGACCUUCAAGCCCGCACAGCCGAAGACGCCAGGGGGCAGUGUGCGUCCUCCACCUACACGGCCUUUAUCAACUCGAUCGCGAAGUUGAUGCUAAACUGCGUGGACAAGUACGGGGAGAACAUGAUGGACUACAAAGCCGAUGAUGCGAUGCUUUGGUACAACUGCUCGACGUUCCUCAACUAUGAGGAAACGAAGACGUUCUGGGACCUCGGCAACUUGCUGUACAGGCGAAAAGACUUGCCAUCGGGCUUUUGCGCGUCGACCUGCCCAGCAAACUACUUGUCGACAAUAAAGAAGCUUCCAUCCUGCGACGAAUAUGGCACGAUUCUCAAUGACCCAAGUCAUCUCUACAGCAUCUGUCCCAACCUGAAGCCCGCCCCGACACCUGCGCCAACGCCCGCUCCAGCUCUGACGUGUCCGCUUCCCGGCUCGUACCGUGCGACGGGGAUGCGCGUGGACCUUGCCAACUCUGGUGCGUUCACCGAGUCGCACGACGGCAGCGGCAACACGUGCUCAACGACGGGAACGUAUGCGAUCUCGGGUCCAAUGGCAACGUUCACCGUGGCGACCGUCUCGGGUGUUUGCAGCAACGUCUUCACGGCCAACGCAAAGCUCUCGGGCCCCAUUUCGUUCUCCACCGACUGCAACCAACUCACACUCAACUACACGGGCACACCGUCGACGCUGCAGCGAACGUCCAACGCAGAGACCGCGGCCACGAGUGCGAUGCUCCUCCUUGGCGUUUUCCUCGCGUGGGGUGCGCUCUAA